CACGCAUGUGACUGUCUGCACGUAGCUCCCGGAUCUGCCUUGAAGAAAACCAGCCGCGGCCAGCAGAUGGCCAGCACAGCGCCGCGGCAGCACGGGUAGCACGCGACGCCGGAGCCGAGCCGAGCCGAGCCGAGCCUGCAGCGCACGCGAGCCCCGGGGACACCCUCCCGCCACAGCCCACGAGACGCGCUGCUUCGGGAUGGAGCUGCCAUGUUUGUGUUUACUGCUGCUGAGCUGCCUGCAGUCACUCUCAGCCCACAAUGACUUCUUCACCUCCAUAGGCCAGAUGACAGAUCUGUUGUACACAGAGAAAGACCUUGUCACCUCUCUGAAAGACUACAUCAAAGCAGAGGAGAACAAGCUCGAGCAGAUCAAACGGUGGGCUGAUAAACUGGAUUCACUGACCGUCACAGCCACACAGGAUCCUGAGGGCUUCUUGGGUCACCCUGUGAAUGCUUUCAAACUCAUGAAGAGGUUGAAUACAGAGUGGGGAGACUUGGAGAGCCUUGUGCUUCGUGACACCACUGACGGAUUCAUUUCUAACCUAACUAUCCAGAGACAGUACUUCCCCACGGAUGAGGACCAGACCGGCGCUGCUAAAGCUCUCCUCCGAUUACAAGACACUUACAAGCUGGAUGCAAACACCAUCUCUACAGGAGCCCUCCCUGGAGUGAAACACAAGAGUCACAUGACAGUUGAGGACUGUUACGAGCUGGGAAAGAUUGCCUACUCUGAUGUUGAUUACUACCACACAGAGCUGUGGAUGGCUCAGGCCUUGAAACAGCUUAAUGAGGGAGAAGAGUCCACUUUAGAUAAGGUGACCGUGCUUGACUACCUCAGCUAUGCUAUCUACCAGCAGGGGGACUUGGAGCGAGCCCUGAUGUACACCAGGAAGCUGCUUGAACUUGACCCAGAACACCAGCGUGCCAACGGCAACGUCAAAUACUUUGAGUUCCAGCUGGAGAAGCAGAAAAAGACUGAGGAGGAGGAAGCUGAGAAGCAGAACGAGCGAGAGAAAAGAGAUACUUCAGAACCAAAGAAGAAGAAGAAGCCCAAAAAUGUCUCCGGUCAUCAGAUCCCAGAGAGGAAGAAGUAUGAGAUGCUUUGUCGUGGAGAGGGCAUUAAGUUGACCCCCAGGAGGCAGAGCCGACUCUUCUGUCGUUACUAUGACAACAAUCAUCACCCCGUGCUUUUGCUGGCACCCGUCAAACAGCAGGAUGAGUGGGACCGACCCUACAUCGUGCGUUAUCUUGACAUCAUCUCUGACUCAGAAAUUGAGAGGAUCAAGCAGCUAGCGAAACCAAGGCUACGCAGGGCCACCAUCUCCAACCCCAUCACAGGAGUGCUGGAGACGGCUUCAUACCGGAUCAGCAAAAGGCGAGCCACGGUGCAUGACCCCCAAACUGGAAAACUUACCACAGCCCAGUACAGAGUCUCCAAGAGUGCUUGGCUCACUGGCUACGAUGAUCAGAUGAUUGAAACAAUCAACCAGAGAAUUGAAGAUAUUACAGGGUUGGAAAUGGACACAGCAGAAGAGCUACAGGUUGCUAAUUAUGGUGUUGGAGGUCAAUAUGAGCCUCACUUUGACUUUGGAAGAAAAGAUGAGCCAGAUGCUUUCAAAGAGUUGGGCACUGGAAACCGCAUAGCAACGUGGCUCUUCUAUAUGAGUGAUGUAUCAGCAGGUGGAGCCACAGUAUUUCCAGAUGUCGGUGCUGCAGUUUGGCCCCAAAAGGGCACUGCAGUGUUCUGGUACAAUUUGUUUGCCAGUGGGGAAGGAGACUACAGCACCCGACAUGCAGCUUGUCCAGUGCUGGUUGGCAACAAGUGGGUAUCAAAUAAAUGGAUCCAUGAACGUGGCCAGGAGUGGCGGCGACCUUGUGCCAUAAAUGAAACUGAAUGAUGGCAGAAAAAACCUAACAAUCCCCAGCCCCUCUGUUCUGCUUCUUGUGAACCACCCUAGACCAAAGAACACAGCUGCAUGUCCCAGAUCACAAACGGAGGCCCGAAAGGCUCCCUCCCUCUGAACCCACCCAGCUGUUACACUUAGAGGCCAGAGUUUGUUUGGGUUAAUGUCUUGCCCCUGGAAGUUAAUGACAGAUAGACAUGUUCUACAGUCGCUGGAUGUUUUGCUCAAACACUCAUGUCCUUUUUAUACCCAUGUCUAUUUGUUUGCACUCUGAGUGAACUCUUAACUCUGUGGUGGAGUAGUCCCCACUCACAUUUACAGGAGUCUGAGUUUUGGACUUUUAUCAUUUUAUUUACAGAGCUUCAAAUAACAGCAUUUGAAGACAAAUAUGCAUGUUGUAUGAAAGGGCGGAUCAGCAAAGCAGAACCUGGUAGAUCACGAUCCAAAGCUGUUUUUUCAUGGAAAACCAUACAUUUGAUAUAAAGUGUUUAUCAGAAUAGCUUGCAACUAUGCAGCACACGUUCAAGCACCUUGUUGUUAUGCCUGAAGGCAUAUUGUUCUUUAACUCUAAUGGUCGUACUAUGACAUAUUGUUACAUUUGUUGCACUUGAACAAAUGAUGUAUAAAAUUCAUGGUCACACUUGGACCCAGAUAAAAAAACAGUUGAUGCGUUUGAUAUCCUGCAUACGAUGUAGUGCUACAACUCAACAGAAUUUAUCCUCCGUGUUGAUAGAGGCUCUGAAUGACAAGCAGCUGUUGUAACAGAAAGGAUUGGUAGAACAUAAAAUUGAGAAGUAAAGCAGUGAAAUUGAUGGAUUUCACUACUCUGCCAUAAAUAGAAUGGCUGAUGGUGGUAGGUAACUGCAGUGAGAAUAUAUCGAUGGGCGUGUGGGUUUUCCAGAAAGACAUUUUAUUUAUAUGUCCCAUUUUGUAUUGUGCUGUUUUAAAUACAAGUCUCCAAUUGUGUUUUUUCUACAAUAAAGACUGUUUGAUGAUC